AUGGCGGAGCUGCAGAAUGAGGAGCGCUACAGAGUGUCCUGCCGGAAAGAAGGGCAGAAUGUCACGGUGAUGCACGUCAAGCUGACCGAGACCGCCCUGCGAGCGCUGGAGAGGUACCAGGGCUGCAAGGAUCGUGUUUCUUCUCAACCUUCAAUUCAAUUUAAAGGAUCCCAAGGGCUUAUUAAAAUUCCCAGAGUUGAUCUGCCAAAUGAACAGCAUACAUUUAACUUCUACUUGUCAGAUGUUGGCAAAGAUAAUCCUCAGGGAAGCUUUGACUGUAUCCAGCAAACAGACUCAAGUUCUGAAGCCUCGCAACUCAGUUGCCUGGGACCUAUACAGAAUAAAAUUACAGUAUGUGCAACAAGUGAGUCCUAUCUGAUGACCAAAGAGCGCAUGACCCAGGCAGAAGAGGAGUCGCGCAAUCGAAGUGCAAAGUUUAUUAAACCUGGUGGACCAUUUGUAGGAAGAAAAGUACAGGUGAAGAGAGGACCACAGAACAUUCCAGAUACUGUGCCCGAGACGAAGAAACCAACACGCGUGACCUCUGCAAACACAGUACGGAAGACUCGUGCACAUAAUGCUAUUUCUCAGCGACCAUACAAGGAUAGGGUGAUUCACUUACUGGCACUGAAGAAUUACAAGAAACCAGAGUUACUUGCCCGCUUGCAGAGAGAUGGUGUCAACCAAAAGGACAGGAAUUCCCUUGCAACUGUCCUUCGGCAGGUAGCCAUCCUGAAUCCAAAGGAUAAUUCUUACGGUUUGAAGGAUUCUGUGUUUAAAGACAUUCAAAAGGAUUGGCCUGGAUACAAUGAAACAGAUAAACAGUCAUUGGAGUUAAUACUUGCUAAAAAAUUACAGUCAUCUCAGAAUGCCACCAGCCCCAGUCGUUUGGAAUCUGCUGUAAUUUUUAGUAAAGGUGCUCCAUCAACUUCUCAGAAAUGGGUUUUGAAUACCAAUUUUAGCAAUCCUCUGAUGACCAAAAAGCAGAGGAUAUCUCACCUGAACAGUCGAAUCCAGCCAUCGUGCAGUAGCCACUUGCUUGCCUCCAGGGAGAGCACCACUGCCGCCCCUCCACCGCCGCAGCCUCCCCGCCGUCCAGCCGCAGCUACUCCUGCUCCUCUGCCAAUGCCUCCCACUUUCCUUCCCACUUCCAACCCUCCUCAAACUGCCAGCUCCCACUCCCCCAGUACCCCUGAGGGGCAAAGGACACAAGACCUGCUGGUGGACAGCUUCGGUCAAAAGAGCAGUAGGAUCUGUGGGCACCAGCAACGAAAAUACACCUUUCAGACUCCUUCAGUAAUGCCAGCGCCUGCCGCGGUGCAGGUGGGGCCUCCCAAGCCCGCAGACAAGAAGCACCAAAGUUCUGAGAAGGUAAAAGAGCAUAAUAAGGAGGACACAAGCAAAAUGCAGGAUGCUACGAGUGCGAGCAAGGAGAAAGACUGUCAAAAAGAAGGAACUGCCAAGAUGAAAACGCUCUUCCAUUUGGAUUCAGGUCAAGGAGUUACAGAAACUUGCACUGCCUCCACAGAAGGUCCUUCAUCAGCAAGUGAACAACCAGACUACUUCGUAAAAUACAUAACUGUAGUCUCAUAUGAGCAACGCCAGAGUUACAAGAAUGACUUCAAUGCAGAGUACGAUGAGUACCGGAACUUGCAUGCUCGGAUAGAGAGUAUUAACCAGAGAUUCAUGCAGUUUGAUGCACAACGGAAGCUUCUUUCUCCAGGGUCCAAAGAAUAUAAGGUCCUUCAUGAGGAAAUCUUAGAAGAGUAUCAAAAGGUAAAUCAGAUUUGUUGGAGCCCCACCUACUAUCAAGACAAGAGUAGGUGUGAGUAUCUCCACAGGAAGCUGUCUCAUAUUAAGAGACUAAUAGGGGAAUUUGACCAACAGCAAGCAGGGUCAUGGCACUGA